GUUCAUUUCCCAAUCAACUACAUGGAGUAAUCAACGGAUAAAGGAGAUCUGAGCAUGGGAUUGAGAAUUUGCAGAGUGAAAUUGAUGACAAUAGAAUGGAUGUUGAUGCUGUUCGGUCAAUGAAGAACGAAGGUGUUGUUGCCAGGGAUUAAGAGAGUAUCUGGUCAGAGGAAUGAAAGUUCUGAGAUGGGAUUUGAGAAGAAUUCGAAGGUUCGGAAGUUGGGAACAACAGCAGCAACAAGAGGUUCUGAUGGUUGAAUACAUCAACAGCAGUCGAUGGAUCUGUAGGGUUCGUAGUCGAUCUAAAUUGGUGAUUGAACAGCGAAAACAGAUCUUUGGGGUUCGAUUCAUUUAACUAGAAGCUGGUGCAAGUUUUAAAAUGAUAUUGAUUGCAAGCUGGUGGUGUUUGGAGUCGAGAUUCGAAACAAUUUCAUUCCUUCCAGCAGCGGAACAACAAAUUUGGGGUUUUUGGUGUAAACUGAAAUUGAGGUCUGUAAAUAUGGAAGAAGAUGACAGCCGAGUAGGGUCUGGUGCUUAAUUCAAUCGAUGGGGUUUUGAUGGUCGGAACGGCAAUAGCUGCAACUGCAGUAAUGGGAUUAAUUCAAUACGAAAAUCAAAUGGCAGAUUUGGGUGGUUGGUUCGAUGGGUUUUGCUACUCAGAUUGGGGUUACUUGGUAGCUGUUCUUGCGAAUUAGAAGACUUGAGAAUGAAUGGUUUUGUAUGGUUCAAUCCAACGAAGUAUAUGAACUGGUGCUACUUUUGGGGUUGUUAUGAAAAACAGGGAUGAAGCUGUCUCGGCUGUUGGGUUGCUGUUGGAAGCGGUCUGAUAUUGAAGUCUAGCAGAGAAGUUGAGAUGUAUGCUGGCUAUUUUGGGAAGCGAUGAACUGGUAUCUGGUGGUAAUGGUUAGAAUCAGUUGCAUAGGUUACUGCAGAUUAGACGUGAACUGAACUUGGCGCUCCAAACAAUUCUGAACUUGAGUACUGUACAACAAUGACAACAACUGAAAAUGGGAUUCAUACAUGGUUCCAAACUGGGUUGAAGUGGAAGUUGCAAGUGAGAGAUCAACAGUAGUUGGCAGUCAACAAGUUGGUCUAUGUGUUGAUAUGGGUCUAGUUUGUCCUAGCUGUUGGCACUGGAGAAGAAACUUAGCUGGAAUGAAGAUAGAAGUUGGUACUGUGGCCGGACUAUGGAGAAGGCUUGUAUUUGGCGAUUGGCGUUCAUGACUGGACCGGGCUUUGGAGGUGCUGCUGGCGGCCUUAAAGGAGAGAUGCCUAUAAAUACUCACUACACAGACUCAAAAGAGAUACGCCGUAUACAGGGAAGAAAAAUAGGAUUUUUCUUUUCAGGUGCGGCGAUGACUUUUUAUCGAGAGGAUGAAUCCAGGCCUCUCGGAGAAUACAUGUAUGGACCACAAUAUCAGGAGAUUCAGGAACUAAAUCGUCUCAGGUAUGGAAAUCCUUAUCAGCAUUACUACGAAACUGAUGAUUAUUUACAUGAGUACCAAAAUUACCAUCGUGAUGAUUUGUCACAAGCUGAGAUUUUCGACCAGAAUAUAACUAGUCUGGAAAGACGGUUAGAGAUGUUAGAAAACUAGAGGUCAUAUGAAAAUAAUAAUCAGGCUUAUAGCAACUCGUGUUCCAUUGAUUCACAUAUGUACCAAAUCCAAUACCAUGGGGAUAAUUAUUUGCAUGAGGUAUGUGAACAAUCUUUGAAUUGGCAGCACAAUGAGGUUUUAGACUAUAGAAAUUUGAGGUUGGAAGAUAGCUUAGGGUUGUAUACUUUACAAAUUAGUCGAGAAACGUCUCAACUUCAACAGACCACUCAAAAAUCCUUAGAAAAUAUUGAAUAUCAAGUAGAUCAAAUGGCUAAACAGUUGGAGGAGGAACAAAGUUUGUUCCCAAACCAGUCUCAAUCUAAAUCUAAUUGUUCUUCAGAGUAUAUUGAUUAUUCUCCUGAGGAAGAAACCGAUGAUGAUCAACUUGUAGAAGUUUUGAGUGUGAGUGAGGAUACCCAAGAUUCUCAAAAUUCAGGUAAUUAUGAUGUAGAAGAACCUGCUUAUGUAGAGGAUGCUACUGUUGAGUUUUAAGUUUAACGACUCAGAGGCAGUAGAUGUUUAUAAUGAGAAAUCUUCUAAUCAUUUGAAUUGUAAGAUUUAUACAGGUCACUUAGUUGAAGAUGAUAAUGAUAUGGUUAUUCAUGAUACUGUUGGUGCACUUUGCCCAAUUUUUGCUGACUCAUCUUGUGAUCUUUUGAAUGCUUUUGUGAAUGUUGAGCAAAUUGACAUUGGUAAGGUAAUUUGUUCCGAAGAACUCAAACCUUUAUCUGUUUCCUUAUCUCAUUUUGCUGAUGCUAAUGAUCUGGUUAUGCGUGAAUUUGUUGCUAUAUUAAGGCCCUCUUCCAUUGAUGCGUCUAAUAGUUAUCUAGAUGCAUGUAUAAAUAUGGAACCAAUUGAUACAGGUCAGUUAAAUUGGACUGCAGAUUUUGAACCAAUAUCCACUUGUGUAGACCUUUUUGCAGAUUCCGAUGACCCCAUGCUAAUUGACAUUGUUAAUUCAUUGCGUAAUCCAAUUGUUAAUAAAGAAAACUCAAAUUUAGAUGUCAUUCCAGGGGAUUUAGAACCAGAUUUAGGGUAUACAACAGGUGUUGACAUUUCUUUGCUUGUUAUCCAUGGAUAUGACUUAUUUCAUAUGAACAUACAUGAGUGGGAAGGUUGGAAUUGUGUUCCUCAUAACUACAUGGUUGAGUUGAGUUUGGUUAGUUCUCUGGCAACUGAUCGUCAUUGUUACAGGUUCAUAGUUGCAGCUGAACUUCUGUACAACCCAACAUUUCAGGCUUUACAUAUAUGCUGGCAGGUUGCUGUUAUGCAUCAUUCUUCACUUGGGAUGAGAUUACUUGCUGCGCGCAGGCCGGGAAACAAAUAUCAUUUGCUUCAUGGGGACACCCAUCAAAUUUGUUUCCUUUACUCUAUCUUUUAUUUUUAUUUGCCUACCGUAUUAAGAAAUUUGAAUUUUCCUUUACUUUAGACUUUUGUAGGUUAUUUUCUUGCAUUUCAUGACCAGCUGUGGAGCGGGUCUAUUUUUUGUUUACUUAUCAUAUUAUGACCAGCUGUGGAGCGGGUCUCAAAAAAAAUGCUAUGAUCAGCUGUUGGUGGGUCUAUCUCUAUGUUACUCCAUAUCCGUCUGUAGAGCGGAUACCCCUAUCUCUUAUGUUAUCCUGCUGUAGAGCGGAUACCCCUCCAUCUUAAUCUUUAUCCAGCUGUAGAGCGGAUUUUGUUU